CGCAGUGCGGACGUGUCGCUGCUGAGUUCUGUCUCUGUGUCCGAGCGGCGGCGGGGUGACCGCCCGGGGGGUGAGGAGGGUCCGGACCGCUCUGCAAGUUACCCUCGCUUCGGGCUUCCGCUCCCUGCCUCGGAGUGGUGUGCAGACCCCCAGCCAGCCCCACCCCGCUACAGGAGAGAGAAGGACAAAGAACCGAGCAGCAAAUCCUAUUAGGGAGAAACCCCAUAUCUUUGUCCCGGAGCCUUUGAAGAUGUGCAGCUCCAACGGCCGUAUUUGGUUCCUGACAGACCGUAGAAUAAAAGAUGACUAUCCCCAGCAGGAGAUCCUGCGCGCUCUCAAAGCAAAGUGCUGCGACGAGGACUUGGAUUUCCGUGCGUUGCUCAUGGAUGAAGUGGUGCUGACUGUUGAGCAGGGCAAUUUAGGGCUGCGUGUGAAUGGAGAAUUCAUCUCCGCCUACCCCCAGGUGGUGGUUGUCCGCGUACCUACGCCAUGGGUGCAGAGUGACAGCGACAUAACUGUCCUCAGGCACCUGGAGAAGAUGGGCUGCCGUCUGAUGAACCGGCCCCAAGCCAUCCUAAACUGUGUCAAUAAGUUCUGGACGUUCCAGGAACUGGCUGGUCAUGGCGUACCUCUUCCAGACACCUUCUCCUAUGGAGGCCAUGAAAACUUCUCAAAGAUGAUCGACGAGGCGGAAGUCCUGGAGUUUCCCAUGGUGGUGAAGAAUACUCGAGGUCACAGAGGUAAGGCUGUGUUCCUAGCCCGGGAUAAGCACCAUCUGUCAGACCUGAGCCACCUCAUCCGUCACGACGCUCCCUACCUGUUCCAGAAGUACGUGCAGGAGUCGCAUGGCCGGGACGUGAGAGUCAUUGUUGUCGGAGGUCGAGUUAUUGGCACGAUGCUGCGCUGCUCAACCGAUGGGAGGAUGCAGAGUAACUGCUCACUAGGAGGUGUUGGCAUGAUGUGCACGUUGAGUGAGCAAGGGAAGCAGUUGGCAAUACAGGUCUCCAAUAUCUUGGGCAUGGACGUGUGCGGCAUCGACCUACUGACCAAGGAAGAUGGCUCCUUCUGUGUGUGCGAGGCAAACGCGAACGUGGGCUUCAUCGCCUUCGACAAAGCCUGCAACCUGGAUGUGGCCUCGCUGAUUGCGGACUAUGCCUUGUCGCUUCUACCCAGCCGACUGACUCGACGAAUGUCCCUCCUCUCGGUCGUUUCCAGCGCAAGCGAGACCAGUGAACCCGAGCUUCCUGGUGUAGCUUCCGGCACGGGGAUUGACGUCUCCGCUCCACUUCACCACCACCACAACCACGAGGCUGGCGACAGCAUGAGUGCCAGCUCCAGCUCUGUGGACAGUGACCCAGACACUGCCACGGAGAGGGAGCUCCUCACUAAGGGAUCCAUUUUUAACAUGAACCAGCUUCUCGCCAAUGAAAUCAAUCUUUUGGUGGAGUAGAAGACGGG